AUGAAUCUCAUUCAAUACCUGACUGGAAACUCUUUGAAGUUCACUGUGGCUACAGACAUUCGCCGGCUAUUUGCACGUACUUAUCUGGAUGUCGACGGCAACUGCGCCGGUGAUGUCUCGUCCUCGAGCGUUGAUGCGGGUCUCCAUCACAGAUCUGAUCUCAACAUCUCAUCCGCUGUUCCAUCUCAAUUCAAUGGUGUUAUGCCGAAUUUGUUUGGUAUGAUGGCGAAAACCGAGCCCGAGUCACAAUUUGGCCGCUGGCUGUCGCAGAGUACAUCCUCUCAAGAGGUGAGUGAUCAGGUUGCAUUCAAAACCUCUAGAAAUUGGAUUGUGUUCCUGUUUAGCUCUUCUUCAGAAUCUCAGGUAUUCUCAGUAGUGUUG